AUGGAAGUUGCUACUACCGGCAAAGGCGAUGUUGCCGACUACAGCAUCAAGCCUGAAGCUGUUGCUCCUCCAAUUCCCACGUCAGAAUGGCCUCUUCUCUUGAAGAAUUAUGACAAGCUACUUGUGCGAACCAGCCAUUUCACUCCAAUCCCCAAUGGCUGCACUCCUCUUAAGCGUGACUUGAAAUCCUAUAUCAGCUCUGGUGUCAUUAACCUCGAUAAACCAUCGAACCCAUCGAGUCACGAGGUUGUCGCAUGGAUGAAGAGAAUGCUCAGAGUGGAAAAGACUGGACACAGUGGAACGCUAGAUCCCAAGGUUACCGGAUGUCUGAUCGUGUGUAUUGAUCGUGCGACUCGCCUCGUGAAGUCGCAGCAGGGAGCUGGAAAGGAGUACGUCUGUGUUAUCAGACUGCACGACAAGAUUCCCGGAGGCCAGGCGCAAUUCGCUCGUGCCCUCGAGACGUUGUCUGGAGCCUUGUUCCAGCGACCCCCGCUGAUUUCUGCCGUCAAGCGUCAGCUUCGUAUCCGUACGAUUUAUGAGAGCAAGCUUUAUGAGUUCGAUAACGACCGACACCUUGGUGUCUUCUGGGUUAGCUGUGAGGCUGGUACUUAUAUCAGAACUCUCUGUGUUCACUUGGGUCUGCUUUUGGGAGUUGGAGCUCAUAUGCAGGAGCUUCGUCGUGUUCGCAGUGGAGCUAUGGACGAGAAAGAUGGCAUGGUUACGUUGCACGAUGUCUUGGAUGCUCAGUGGAUGAUGGAUAACCACCGCGAUGAAUCAUACCUCAGGAGGGUCAUUAGGCCGUUGGAGAGCUUGUUGACUUCAUACAAGCGUGUUGUUGUCAAGGACAGCGCUGUUAAUGCUGUCUGCUACGGAGCCAAGCUUAUGAUUCCAGGUCUCCUGCGAUUCGAGGCUGGAAUUGAGGUUUAUGAAGAGGUUGUCCUCAUGACCACCAAGGGUGAGGCUAUUGCUAUUGGUAUUGCUCAGAUGUCCACUGUUGAGCUAUCUACCUGCGAUCACGGUGUCGUUGCAAAGGUUAAGCGUUGUAUCAUGGAGCGCGAUCUCUACCCCAGACGAUGGGGCAUGGGUCCAGUUGCACUUGAGAAGAAGAAGCUCAAGGCUGACGGAAAGCUUGACAAAUAUGGCCGCAACAACGCUUCCACCCCAGCCAAGUGGCAGUCUGAGUAUAAGGAUUACGAUCCUCAAUCUGCCGGUGCCGUGAACGCUGUCCCACCACCUGCCGCAGCAACCCCCGCAAAGGCCGCUCCAGUUGCUCCAUCAUCUCCUGAGAAGGACGAGGAUGAAGAUAUGGAGGAUGGCGAAAAGAAGCGCAAGAGAAAGGACGCCGAGACCCCAGAGGAGCGAGAAGAACGAAAGCGCGCAAAGAAAGAGAAGAAGGAAGCAAAGGAAAAGAAGAAGCAAGAGAAAAAAGAGAAGAAGGAAAAGCGGAAAUCCAAACAGGCCGAUGACGCGAGCAGCAGCGAGUAA